CAUACCAUUCUUGUACUUCAUCAUUGUUGGGGGAGCUUUAACUGAUCUGCAUCUGUGCACUUUCGCGAUCGGGUGUCGAUCUCACUACCCAACUCUGCUCAACAACACUGCUACUUCAGAGCUCCUCUAUCAGCUGUGCUCAAUAGCGCUCGGGGGAGUGUCUGGCUGUCUACAGUGUAAAGACAACGGCGAAACGCGAGCUCGAACGUAGAUCAUAUACCAGCACCGCCAAAUCUCUGACGGCCGUUUACCCGCCUGCUCGGCUGGUCACGGAAGGGAGUGCAAUUGGCAAGGCUACGGACUAGGAAUUGCAAGGAACGGAACCUCCUCUUCAGGAAACCUCGAUCCCCGACAUUCCGACUUAUAUAUCAGCAACCGCGCAGCGAUGGCAACCGAGAUGCAGUCGUUCUAUACCCCUUCCACCUCCACCCACAUCUCGUCCCAUGCCCCGGCGGCCGUGGAUGAGCUAAUCAACAAAUACUCAUCCACAAUGUCGACCUCAACCUCUGCCGUCAGCCACCUGUCGAUGAAGAAAGCUCACCGGAACGUCCUGCAGCGGAUUAUCGAUCGCAUUCGCCUAGAAUACUAUCGCUAUGAGGUUACAUUCGGGCUCUAUGUCAUGACGCCGGGAGAGAAGUUGGUGGCUAACACCUUUGUGAUUGUCGUGCUGUCCCUCCUGUUCUGGGCCCUGCUGGUUUAUUUCCCUGCGCUUCUAUACCAGAAGGCCAGCCGUCUUAUCUGGCUGUUGACUGGCGAGAAUGGAGAGGAAAUGGGGGCUGCUUUGGGGAUCAUCGAUUCGCACGUCAACUCCAUGUCUACGCCUUCGAGCUAAAAGCGCAUCAUUCGCGAUUGAGUUAUGGAGAGGGUCAUGGCUAUGAUCCUUCGAUUGCCCUCUUGCUUUGUGUGAUUUGCCUCCGCGCCUCUGUUUUGGUAUAAGGAUACCAGGGAUCGACAAUGAAGGUAAGAGAAGUAUUGGUACCUUCAGUUGCGCGAUUCCGCGUUCGAAGCUGAUAGCCUUGACAGAUCCCCGAGUGCCACCUUUGCUUCAUAUUUGGGAAUUCGACCCCGGCGUUUUGGGAAUUAUAUG